AUGUGGUACAAAUCUGCCCGUCCGCUGGCAGUUUUAACGUCAGUUCUGUCAUAUGGAGUGGCCAACAAAGCCGCAAUAUACGCUGACCAUGACAGUACCGAACAAAACCUUGAAACAUUUACAAGUUUAGAAGCAAAGAAGAAGAAAGCUCGACAGUUAAUUGAACGUCAAAUGGUUGUUGCUGGAAUACCUGGACUUUCGGUAGGAGUCACUGUGAAUGGACAUGUGGUAUGGCGUGAAGGCUUUGGAUUCGCCAACCUAGAGAGCGGAAGUCGUUGUACAGAAGACACGGUGAUGCGGAUCGCCAGUAUUAGUAAACCAAUCACAGCAGCUAUAGCAGCAAGACUCAUUCAGGAUGGGAAACUAGAUUUGGAAAAACCCAUACAGGAUUAUCUCCCAGACUUUCCUGAGAAGAAGUAUGAAGGAAAGCCGGUUACAAUAUCCCUUCGCCAGCUGCUCUCACACACCGCUGGUAUACGGCACUACAAAAAAGAAACAAAGGUAUACAAUCAUAACGCAGAAUAUUUAAUGCGAGAAUUGUUAAAUCUGUACAACUACACUCUAUUAAGCAGCACACAAGGCAAGACAACUGCCUCUCAACUCAAAAUUCUAGUACAUGUGCAUUUCGUUAACAAAUAA